AUGGCCCGUUUAACAGUUAGGCAGAAGAUGCACUUGGUUGCCUUUCUAGUCUUCCAUUUGGACAUGUUGGAAACCAUGUACACCAUGCUCGUGCUUCUUGGGUUGGCUAAUGCACUUAAUAUACGGGGUAGACGUAGGGCUGCUAUAUUAUAUGCUAGUGAGUCUGCGUCUAGGUUUAAGGUUAGGUUGCAUACCCUGCUGUUUAAAAAUCCAAAGGCCAUUCCCGAGAACUCAACCAAUGAGCGGUGGAAAUGGUUCAAGAACUGUUUGGGAGCCUUAGAUGGAACAUACAUAAAGGUUCAUGUGCCGGCUGCCGAUAUACCUAGGUAUCAGUCAAGGAAAAGUGAAAUCGCAACUAAUGUCCUUGGUGUAUGCACACCUGACAUGCAGUUUAUAUAUGUCCUCGCUAGGUGGGAAGGUUCCGUUGCAGAUGGUAGAGUUCUUAGGGAUGCCAUUACUAGGAGAAAUGGAUUAAAGGUCCCCCAAGGGCAUUACUAUUUGUGCGAUGCUGGAUACACUAAUGGGGAAGGGUUUUUGGCCCCUUAUCGAGGACAACGAUAUCAUUUGAGUGAUUGGCGACAAGGUCACCAACCGGCAUCACCACAAGAAUUUUUCAACAUGAAACACUCUCAAGCAAGAAAUUGUAUUGAGCGAUGUUUCGUCAUCUUGAAAGCUCGAUGGGGAAUAUUGAAGGACACAUCUUACUACCUCGUCAAAACUCAAUGUAGAAUCAUUACUGCAUGUUGUCUUUUGCACAAUUUCAUAAGGUCUGAGUUACCCAUUGACCCGGUUAAAGCGGAGCUUCAGGAAGAGGUGAACGAUGAAGGGGAAGAGGAUGACGAAGGUGAAUUGAUCAGGCACGUUGAGCCUAGUCCCGCAUGGACUGCAUUUAGAGACAAUUUGGAAGCUGAAAUGUUCAAUACUUGGAUGGCUGCGAUGAAUGAAUGA